AUGACGCAAAUGGAGGUCGUCUACCUCGGCGUUGCUCUCGUGUCCUUGUGCAUUGUGCUUCUUUACAGGCGCAGGCGCUCGGCAGGGAACGAGCCGCCGGGGCCGUGGCAGCUGCCGGUGAUUGGUAGCCUGCACCACCUCAUUGGGCAGCUGCCCCACCACGCGAUGCGUGACCUGGCCCGGCGUUACGGGCCGGUGAUGCUCCUUCGGCUCGGGGAGGUGCCCACGCUGGUGGUGUCGUCCAGGGAGGGUGCCCGCGAGGUGAUGAAGACCCACGACCUGGCAUUCGCGACGCGGCCACUGAACGCCACCCUGCGCGUGCUAACCGGCGGCGGCCGGGACCUUGUGUUCGCUCCGUACGGCGACUACUGGCGCGAGCUCAGGAAGAUUGCCGUCUCGGAGCUCUUAUCGGCGAGGCGCGUCCUGUCCUUCCGCACCAUCCGAGAGGAGGAGGUCGCCUCCAUGCUACGGGAUGUCGCAGGAUCCGCGGCGGCCGCACGCCCCAUGGAGCUGCGCGCCCGCCUCUCAGCGCUCGUCACUGACAUCACGGUCCGCGUCGUCAUUGGCGACCGGCUCAAGGAGCGCGACGCCUACAUUCGCUGGCUCGAUCUCUCAGUCAAGCUGGUGGCCGGGUUCAACCUGACGGACCUGUGGCCGUCUUCCUUGCUGGCCGGCUGUCUCAGCAGGGCUGGGCGCCGCGCCAAGGAGUGCAGCGACACCGGGAACCGCAUCUUUGACACCAUCAUCCGUGAAAGGAGAAUGGAAGGACGGAACGGGAACAAGUUUCUGGACGUCCUUCUAAGCAUGCAGAAAGAGGGCAGGAUCGACAUGGACACCGUCAAAUACAUGGUCUUCGAGGUAUUUGGUGCCGGCAGCGAGACGGCAGCGACAACACUGGAGUGGGCAAUCAUAGAGCUGAUCAGGAACACAACCGUGAUGCAGAAGGCGACAGCCGAGGUUCGGCGAGCCUUCGAGGCCCGCGGGACAAUAUUGGAGCAUGCCCUUGACGAGCUCUCGUACAUGCACCUAGUCAUCCGGGAGACGUUGCGACUCCACACCCCUGUGCCGCUGCUCGUCCCACGGGAAUGUCGGGAGCCAUGCCAGGUGCUCGGUUAUGAUGUGCCACAGGGCACGCAGGUGUUGGUGAACGCCUGGGCACUGGCCCAUGAUGAGAGCUACUGGCAUGACAAGCCGGAUGAGUUUCGGCCUGAGCGGUUCGAGGGUGAGGCGGCCAUGGUGGACUUCAGGGGCACCGACUUCUCCUUCCUACCGUUUGGGGCUGGCCGGAGGAUGUGUCCCGGAAUAGUGUUUGGCCUCGCCAAUGUGGAGCUCGCACUUGCAAGCCUGCUAUUCCACUUUGACUGGGAAAGUCCACCGGGGAACGAGUUGGACAUGGCCGAGGAGUUCGGCCUCACGGUGCGGCGGAAGGCCGGUCUUCUUCUACGCCCUGUCCUACGAGUCCCUGUUCCUGAAGUCUAG